AUAAGAAUAUUGGGAAAUUCCCCCAAAAUAAAAGAGGGGACGAUGUAUGGAUCACCGUGAGGAUGGGUUUAUCCAGUUUGUAGGGUGAAGGCCAAACUUUCUCAUUUAGGUGAACCCCUAGCGAUAGAACGGUAGUUGUGGAAGGGCGAUGCUGAAGAAAUCCUAGGAGUGCUGGAUUCCAAAUCCAAGGAGGACGAAAAUUUAUAGGCUGACCAGUUGCAUAUAGCAAACACAGAGAAUGUGCACUGCGAUUUGGCCUUCACCAUUAGUGUCAGAACUUUGGAAAGAGAAGAUGGAUCGAGGAGGAAACGGAUGGUCGUUGUCUUCGUGUACUUACGGGUAUACCCUGGCGGUCAUAGUGAUCAUACUGACAUGUCAUUUGCUGAACUCUCGCCUUCCAUUUGCCUUGUCUUUCCUAUCCGUCGUCUUCGGAUUUAGAGAACGAUCUGCUGAGAAUCCACAUGCCCAAUCCAAUGGGCAUCCUGAUGUCGCUCCCUCUGCUCCUUCUGAUGUAAGGAUCACUACAGUGAUAUCUGAUCUAGAUCUGAAGAAUUUGAUUGAUGUCGUAAAUAAGAAAUUUCAAGCUAACGAGAAAUGGGAAGAUGUCAUUAACCGGAGAACAGAUCGUUUUUCCUACUGUGCACAGUGUUGUAAACUGAAGGAUGCGCCUCUUAAAUAUCUAAGUGUCACUGUAUUUGAAAAUUGCUCUGUUGAGAUGAUAAGAGAUUUUUACAUGGACAAUGAUUUCCGGAAAAUUUGGGACAAAACCUUGAUUGAGCAUAAGCAGUUGCAGGUGGAUUCAAGCAGUGGAACUGAAAUUGGACUCAUGAUAAAAAAGUUUCCUUUAUUGACUCCCAGAGAGUACAUAUUAGCAUGGAGAGUGUGGGAAGGCAAUGAUGGAUCCUUCUACUGUUUUACCAAGGAAUGUGAAUAUCCUUUGGCACAAAGAAGGAAGAAGUAUGUCAGGGUUAGGCUCUUUAGAUCUGGUUGGAGAAUCAAGAAAGUUUCUGGUAGGAAUGCCUGUGAGAUCCAAAUGGUACACCAAGAAGAUGCUGGUCUUAACGUUGAAAUGGCAAAAUUAGCCUUUGCAAAAGGCAUAUGGAGCUAUGUUUGUAAAAUGGAUGAUGCACUUCGCCAAUACUCAGCCGUUGACCACCAUUCUCAAUUGACUUCAGGUGUGAGUGCCGUUACGUUAAUUCAAAAGGUUCCACUUGGGUUAGACACCUUGGACCACACAAGGGGCUUAAUCAAUCCAGAAAUCUGCACGAGUAGUGACUAUUGUGGUGGAGUGUCACGUGAAUGCAAUGCUAGGGAACAAAGAAAAGAGCCAUCAAACAAUCUGGUGCCAAAUAUGCUAAUGCUCCUGGGUGGUGCAAUCUGCAUGUCUAGAGGGCUCUCUAACUUGGGAUCAAAGGUUGCCAUGGCAUGUAUCCUGAGUAAGCUUGUGAAACUCAAUGGUAUGAGAAGCAAAAACUUACAGAGAUUUAGCCAGAUAGAGGUUCAGACACACGUAGAAUGCGAUGAUAAGUGAAGAUGAGCUUCAGUGCGGCUACUCAAGUGUAACCUCUUGAGUAGGAAUGCAGCUGUGCAUAUUUAUGUGGUUUCGAGAAACAUAUGUUACUUAAUAUUUUA